GUCAUUGGUGGAAUUUGACAUUCGACAGGUGACGUGUCGGCGCUGUUGGCUAAAGUGUGUUGGAGUUUCGCUCGAUUUUGUGGACUUUUCGCAGUUUUUACCAGUUUUUAGUAAAACAUGGGAUCCUUCCGACGCGAUAAAGACGACGAGGAUGAAGGAGUUAACAAUGCCUAUCAGAAUUUGGAAAAGACAUCUGUUCUUCAGGAGACGAGAACUUUUAAUGAGACCCCUGUUAAUGCCAGGAAAUGCAUAACUAUCCUGACCAAGAUUCUGUAUUUGAUCAAUCAGGGCGAGCAAUUGACUUCGCGCGAAGCAACCGACUGCUUUUUUGCAAUGACCAAACUUUUCCAAUCCAAAGAUGUUGUUCUUCGUCGUAUGGUAUAUUUAGGUAUUAAAGAACUAAGCACAAUAGCUGAGGAUGUGAUCAUCGUGACCAGCUCGUUGACAAAAGAUAUGACUGGGAAGGAAGAUUUGUAUCGUGCCGCUGCGAUUCGCGCUCUUUGCAGCAUCACUGAUCCAACAAUGCUGCAAGCUGUUGAGCGAUACAUGAAGCAGUGUAUUGUAGAUCGAAAUGCCGCAGUAUCAUGCGCGGCUCUUGUAAGCUCUCUGCACUUGGCAGGUUCGGCAGGAGAUGUUGUCAAACGCUGGGCGAAUGAAGCUCAGGAAUCCUUGAAUAAUGAAAAUAUUAUGGUUCAAUAUCAUGCUUUGGGCCUUCUAUAUCAUAUCAGGAAAAGCGAUCGACUUGCUGUUUCGAAGUUGGUGAACAAGCUGACCCGACACGGAUUCAAAAGUGCAUAUGGUGUGUGCAUGUUGAUUCGAAUUGCAUGCAAAUUAAUUGAAGAGGAAGAUGCGGGUAGGGGUGAUUUGAGCGAAUCACCGACAUUCGAAUUCAUUGAAUCAUGUCUCCGCCACAAAAGCGAGAUGGUUACAUACGAGGCUGCCCACGCUAUUGUUAACUUGAAACAGACUAAUGCUCGUAUUUUAGCACCAGCUUUCAGUAUUUUGCAACUGUUCUGCAGUUCGCCAAAGGCCACUUUGCGUUUUGCAGCAGUUCGAACUCUUAACAAGGCUGCCAUGACUCACCCGACGGCAGUUACAACUUGCAACUUGGAUUUAGAAAGCCUCAUUACUGAUUCGAAUCGAUCUGUUGCCACAUUGGCUAUAACUACCUUGCUGAAAACAGGAGCGGAGAGUUCAGUUGAACGGCUGAUGAAACAGAUCUCAUCGUUCGUUGCCGAAAUUCCAGAUGAAUUCAAGGUUGUUGUCGUGCAAGCUAUUUCUUCGCUCUGUACAAAAUAUCCCCGAAAACAUGCAAUUUUGAUGAACUUCUUAAGUGGAAUGUUGCGCGAGGAAGGAGGACUGGAGUACAAAACAUCAAUUAUUGAUACUAUCAUUACAAUUAUUGAGGAAAAUGUUGAUGCUAAGGAGUCGGGCCUAUCUCAUCUUUGUGAAUUCAUUGAAGAUUGCGAGCAUACAUCCUUGGCAGUGAGAAUUUUACAUUUGUUGGGAAAAGAAGGACCAUUUUCUUCCACGCCGUCAAAGUACAUUCGUUUCAUUUAUAAUCGUGUCAUUUUGGAAAACCCGGUGGUUCGUGCAGCUGCUGUAGCAGCGCUUGCCCAAUUUGGAGCGUCGUGUCCACCUUUGUUGAAUAAUAUAUUAGUUCUCCUCGGUCGGUGUGAGAUGGAUCCUGAUGAUGAAGUUCGUGACAGAGCUACUUACUAUUACAACAUACUGAGUACUGAGAAAGCUGAUUUAUACAAAUCAUACAUUGUGGAAAAAUCGAACUGCUCCUUAUCGUUGCUAGAAAAAGGAUUGGUUCAACAUCUUAAUGGCCCUUUGGAGCAACGAUUCGAUAUAUCAGUAAUUCCCAAAGCGAUUCAAGUCGACCCGGCAACACAUGCAGACCCAAUGGUUAUAAGUACUGCUCAACGACCUCCUCGAAUGACGAGAGAAGAGGAAAGCCUCGAGAAAUUAUCCCAAGUCCUAAAUCUCCAACAAUUUGGUCCGAUACACAAGUCUUGCCUCCCUGUUCAGCUGACCGAAAGAGAAACAGAAUACACAGUACAGUGCAUAAAGCAUAUUUUUUCGAAACAUUUGGUCUUACAGUUCGAUUGUUUGAAUACUUUAUCCGAUCAACUUUUGGAAAAUGUUGUUGUUGAUUUGGAUAUAACGGACAACUACAAAGUGACAGCAAAAGUACCUUGUCGACAACUACCGUACAAUGAAUUGGGAUCAACGUUUAUCGUUCUUGAAUUCCCAUCGGACAUUCCUGAUUCAGUUGCCACUUUUGGUGCAGUAUUGAAGUUUGUGGUGAGGAAUUGUGAUCCAAAGACCGGAGAGCCGACAUAUCAGGAGUACGACGAUGAAUAUGUUUUGGAAGAUCUAGAAAUUACGGUGGCAGAUCAAAUUCAGAAAAAUAAGAAAACGAAUUUCACGGCCAUCUGGGAAACUUCAAAUACCGAAGAUUAUGUAGAAUGUGAAGAGGUGUUUUGCUUAUCAUCCACCAAAACGCUUCAAAAUGCAGUGGACAAUGUUUUGAAAUUCCUAGGAAUGAGCGCUGCGAACGGGACUGAAAAAGUGCCUGAAGGAACCCAUACGCACACACUUCUUUGUUCAGGAACUUUCCGAAACGGAGCGGAGAUAUUAGUGCAAGCUAAGUUGGCAGUUCCGGAAUACGUCACCAUGAAAUUAACGGUGCGCUCUACAGAUGAUGAUGUUGCUGAGAUGAUGCUGUCUGCCGUGGGUUAAAUACUUAGCAUGCGUUCACAAAUUGUAAUUGCAUAUUCCGAUUUGAAACAUUUUUGCUUAAAUAUAAUAUAUAUGUAUUCUUUUCUCAAGUUAUUUUACGGUCUAGAUUGUUAAUAAAUAUAAAUAAACCCUCGUAAGUAA